AUGGCGAAGAAGAAAGGCCCGCCGUACACAGACGACCCAGGCUGCAAGUACAUCGUGAUCGACGACCCUUGGCCCGGAGAUGCGACCGGCAAGGCACGCAACCAAGUAUUCUUCAACCGCCUCUGCACAUGGGUGUACUUCAUGCUUGGAAAGGCGCACCAGGCCGACGCAGUGUACUCUGUCAAUACGCGGGACGAGAUCAUCGUGCAGCUCCCGCAGGACACGGACCUCACGCCCAUACUCGGGGCGCACCCGUGGCGCAGAUACCUCUCGCGCGGGAACCCGCGGGACAAGGACCGUGUGUCGUAUGUGUUCGAGUACGACUACCGCAACAAAGGCGAUCCCAGCAACCAUAACUGGUUAGAGACGUUCCCAAGCGUACGUGGAGACCCGCCCGCGCACCUCCAGUUCCCUGUCGUAUAUCCGUACCCGCGCGUGAGCUGGGCUACGCCGAAGGGCAAGAACUGCGUCGAUCUGGCGCUCCCGCUGCCGCCGACGCGCCAACCCACGCCGAUUCCUGAUACCAGUGGCUUUGAGCCGUAUCAGCACCCGUCCGCGUUGUCUUCCCGCACGGUCGACAGCGCCCAAGCCAGGCUGGAGGAAGACGCUCGUGCUGAGCAAGCUGCGACAAGGAAACUUGGCAAAGUAGAUCCGUAUGACGCAGAAACAAACGCCCUCCGCUCCCUGAAGCGAGAGUUCUCAGAUGUCCCCUUAUCCGUCAAGAGAGAGGCUUCGGAUGUCCGUGUCAAGCCAGACCCAGGCGGACCGUCAGUCAAGUCUGAGCCGGAGCUCUAUGGCCCUUCGAAAGAAUUCAGACACGCAGUCGAACGGCUGCAACAAGCUCGGGCUUCUGGAUCAGAGGGCGGAAGUACAACCAGGGACCCUGUAGUACCCGAAGUUCAAGUCAAGUCAGAGCAGGCGGUCAAACAUGAAGCCGAGCCCUACGGCCCGUCCAAGAACUUCCGGAGUGCUGUGGAGCGGCUGCAACAGGCUCGUGCUGCUGCAGGGCAGGAAGGGCCCGACAACGACUCGAGACGUGGGCAGUCUGAUGUGCAGGAGGGUGUUCGCAUUAAACAGGAUGUAUCUGAAGAGCCUAUCUCGACGCCGUCGGACUCGUUCCUGGCUGCUUUCCAGAGAAUACGGGGGCGUCAGGCGUCACAGUCUGAGAAUACGGAGCCCCCGCAAGACAGAGGACGUCCUGCUCCCACCCACAUCCAAUCAGCUCCCAAACGAGUCAAGGAAGAGGACACACAGGACAAUGGACGGAAGAGAUUCAAGAGCGAGAGCAUGCAUUGA